AUGUCUCCAGUGAUAAUUAGCAAGCGACGCCAUGUCAAGUGCGACGAAGGACGACCAGCAUGCCUCUUGUGUACCAUGACAGGCCGAGACUGCAGCUUCACAUUAGAAGAAGGAACAUCAUCAGCGUCGGAUAUAUCCUCUAGAGAAAGCUUAUUCGCCUCGAUCGGCCACAAUACAGAGACUACCACGUCAGCGACUCCACCAGAUAGCCAUGGCAUUUCCUUCGGCAAAGUGGUUAACAUGGAACAUAUGGAACUCUUUGUGCAUCUCGUCACAACCAGGGAUCUUUUCAGCCUAGGUGAUAAUGUUGAUGAUUAUCAGUCCACCUUUGAAAUCUGUCUCAAAGAAAGUGUCAAGGCACCUUAUCUUCUACAUCAAAUGUUGGCGUUUUCUGCACGUCAUUUAGCGGCGAUACAUCCGGACCGUACAUCACACUACCUUGAACAAGCUGUCAGUUUGCAGACAAGAGCUGUAUCUUUGUUCAAUGAGACAAGCAGGGAAGUCGAUUCUUCAAAUUGUGUCGCCAUCCUUCUCUUUUCUGUUACACUCGGUCAUCACUUAUUAGCUGAUGCACUGGCUUAUCGUGGACCAGAUGGAUUAGAUGGGUUUCUGGCUCACUAUGUACAAUGCGUGGACUUGAACCGAGGUAUAUACAACGUCGUCGUCUCUGCUUGGCCUUUGCUCGCCGAUUCUGAGCUGGAACCCGUCUUAUCAUGGAGUAAGACAGAGUCAGCGAAAGAGCCCAGAGGGACCGAAUGCUUGCCCAUUAUCAAACUGAUAACAGAGUCUAAAUCUCUCACAGAGGACGAAAAGAAAGCAUGCCAAGUUGCAAUUAACUUCCUUCAACUUGGCUUCGACGCGAUAGCUUCCGAGGAAAAGGGCUCUCGGUAUCGUAUGAUCUUCCAAUGGACAAUGUUGGCGUCUCCAGAUUUUACGACGCUUUUAUCAGCAAGGAAGCCAGAAGCUCUGAUUCUGUUGAGUUAUUAUGCAUUGCUGCUACAUUAUGGAAGGAAAUUGUGGCAGAUUAGAGACACGGGGAUGCACCUAAUGGGUUUCAUUACUGAUAAUCUUCCAUCAGAAUGGCAUUUCUGGCUCGAUUAUCCCCGCAGUAUAUUAUCCCUCGAGAUACUGUAG